AUGAAGCUCUCCAUCUUCCUCCCCCUGGCAGCCUUCCUGACCAUGACGGCCGCUGAGGUCGCACACAUUAACGAUGACUGGAGCCCAUGCUUGAACCGGUGUCUGUCCGAGGGAUCCGCCGUCGCGGGGUGUAUCUCGCAGUACGACACAGCCUGCACCUGCACAAGCCCUGCGUUCAGGGAUGCGGUGCAAAUGUGCUUGGAGCUUGCUUGUACGGCAGAUGAUGCAGCAAUGGCGCUAGAGCUUCAUGAAGAGCGCUGUGGGACGCCGCCCAGCUAG